AUCAUAAUGCUUUGCAUAAAUUGUUUUGGCAAUAGUAUGUAUACAAUUGCAAUUUUCUUAAUGAACUAUUAUAAGAUGGACUGAUGUCAAUGGGCAUGAUCUUACUGAAUGAACAAUUUUAUCUUUUUCAAGACCUUGGAAUCCAGAAAGUUUCUCCAAUUGUUGGACUUUCAUUGGUGGUGCUUGUGUUUGGGUACCUUCUCUCAGUCUUCAGAAUGAAGUAUGGGGGAUACCCGUACAGCUUCCUUUUCCGGUGACCUGCAGGAUGAACAAUUGACUGUCUGUAUAUUGUGUUAAUAAACUAUUUGAUCCUAGCCUAAGAGCACCAGCUGGUACCUACGGGAAGCUGCUACACUAUUCCACAGACCAAGUCCAAUCCAAUGGAACUAAACAUACCAGCCAACUACUAUUUUGCGAUUAUUGAUCACAGCAUCCAAGAAACAAGCCUCCAUCCGAGGCUAUCCUACAAUUAUAUAAUGCAUGCUUGUGGAACCAUGCACAGAAUUAACAUGUUUAGGGUCAACAGCGCCAUUUGACGACAAUUAUUUCGGACCCCUAGGGCCCAUUGUGCCAUUUGGCGACAUGCCGGUACACUGCGGUACAGCUAGCUUACCUCGGAAGUGAUUAGCACACAGCAGGA